CCGAACCGACCUAAACAAAGAUGGCGGCCUGUGUUAUACGCAGGGGGCUCCUGUCUGCUGUUAGCAAAUAUAAUAAGAACCACACGCUGCGGGCGCUCAGUGUGGACCUGAACAGCAGACACGAAGUAAGCAGGCGCUGUUUGCAGUGCUCCUCGUGUGGUCUCCUGAAUGUACAGCAGAAACGGUUCAUGUCUUCACGGCCAGAAGGAAAGGUGCUGGAGACGGUGGGAGUAUUUGAAGCCCCUAAGCAACAUGGCAAAUAUGAGACAGGACAGUUGUUCCUGCAUAGCGUGUUUGGCUACAGAGGCAUUGUGCUGUUCCCCUGGCAUGCCCGCCUCUACGACCGUGACGUCACUCCUCCAACAACCGACAGUAAGCCUGAGCCUCCAGGAGCACAUGGGUCAAAGGAGGUGAAGGGCAAAACACAUACAUAUUACCAAGUCCUCAUCGACACCAGAGACUGCCCUCACAUAUCUCAGAGAUCACAGACAGAGGCUGUCACAUUUCUGGCCAAUCAUGAUGACAGCAGGGCCCUGUAUGCCAUUCCAGGGCUAGAUUACGUGAGUCAUGAGGAUAUUUUGCCAUAUAAUUCCACGGAUCAGGUGCCCAUUCAGCAUGAGCUGUUUGAGAGAUUCCUCAUGUUUAACCCAUCUAAAGUGCCCCCUUUUGUACCAAGAGAUACAUUGCGUGCAUGGCAGGAGAAAAACCACCCAUGGCUAGAGUUGUCUGAUGUCCAUCGUGAGACUACAGAGAAUAUUCGAGUGACUGUCAUCCCUUUUUACAUGGGCAUGAGGGAAGCACAGAAUUCACAUGUUUACUGGUGGCGCUACUGCAUCCGCUUGGAGAACAUGGGGAACGAAGUGGUGCAGCUGAGAGAGAGACACUGGAGGAUCUUCAGCCUGUCAGGAACAUUGGAGACUGUCAGAGGCCGAGGGGUGGUGGGCAGGGAGCCAGUUUUGUCCAAAGAGCAGCCAGCGUUCCAGUAUAGCAGUCACGUAUCCCUGCAGGCCCCCAGCGGACACAUGUGGGGCUCCUACAGGCUCGAGAGGCCCAACGGCACAUUCUUCGACGUGCGCAUCCCUCCGUUCUCUCUCGAGAGCAAGAAGGACGAUACUCCCAACGGCUUCCUGCCCGGCCCCUUCACCUCACUGGCCUAAGAGCCCAGAGCCCAGAACCCCAGUCUGUCCCCUGCCAUCCCCAGCCUUGCCCCAGCAUGCAUCUACUCUCAAGCUACCUCAGAGUCAUUGAUCUUUCUCACUUUUCCUGCAACUAAGUUCUAGGACUGCACAAUAUGGACAACAACCCAAUCCUCGCGGCCCUUCAGACUGUUCAACAUUUUUGCUCGUAUUGUCUAUGUUGGGCUCUGGAAUAGAGCAAAAAUGUGGAACCAUUAGGUGGGCCCCAAGGACUGGGUCGAAACAAUGCAAAAAAGCUUUUAGUGACUGGUUAGAGACUCAUUUGCAUUUAGCAAGGUUUGACAUCAUCAACAUUGAGAGAGCUGAUAUGAUGAUAAAAUAUUGUGCAGCCCUAUCAAAUACUUUGUCACUGCUGUCCCAAAAACCCCACUUUCUCUACCAUCACCUUUAUCUUGCGCAGCACUUAUUUUUCUCACUUUAUCCUACAUUUCAUUCUGUUUGUCUUAACCUACAAGCCCUGAAGCAACCUUGAGGCACCACCCGGAUCAGUUUUAUUACUUUCUACCAGUCAUGCAACAAAAUUCUUGACGAAAAUUGAAAUUCGGGACUUACUUGGCUGAAAAAAAAAGAAAACUAAAAAAAAUAAUUAUUUCAUAUAUAAUUGUUAAAUAUGAGAUUUGUUUUUGAUUUAAAAUAAUGCUUCAAAUGCAAGAGUGGUGCUGUCGAUAACGAGAACUGGAGAAAUACAAGUAGUUACAUUUUUAACAGCUAAGUAAUAUGAGAUAUUAAAAAUUGUGAAAUGGUGAAUGUAAUACUUGACUGUUUCCCAAAGGCGAUACCAGAGCACUUCUGCUCUGAUGACCAAAACACAUCAUUUUUAAUAUGUAAAGAGUUCCGGCCUGGCAUUCUAAAUUUUCUCAAGCAGGAGGCGCUAUAAACACACACAAUUCACAUUUGUGUUUAGUAGUUCAUAGAAGACACCGCCAUAAAUCUCAGCAGAAUCUGACAAACGUACAUGCUAACAGUAACUACUGUAAGAACAAGGUAGUAAGUAAAUUACCAAAAUUAUAAUUACAUUUUUUCAAAUUGGCUCAUGCUAAAAAGCAUGUAAGCUGAAGACAUAUAUUUUAAAUGUGUUAAGUAUUUGAUUUUGACACUUCAUUGUAGACCUAUUUAGUUUGUUUUUUCGUUCUUUUGGCAGAGAAUCGUCAGUUGCCGAAAUUUCGGUGCAUCCCUAAUUUCUACACCUUUCUUUCCUCCAAAUCCAGGCAGCUAAUACAUUUCAUUCUGAGCCCUCAAUUCAUAUUAUCCAAAGCAGACUAGCCGAGCAGUUACAUGUCUUGUCAUUCUCUCUGUUGUGUAUAAAUACCUUUCUGCCAUGCUGACUCAACAAAUAAUGCUGUCUUUUAUAACCCCCAACCUACCUCACUUGUCAAACCUUAAACUACCCACAAAGACCAGGGAUUAUAGACUUGGAUGAAGUUUAGUUCAUCAUAUAUGAAGUGAUAUAUUUUCAGUACAAAAGCUCCAAUAGCUGCAUAAGCUGUGUACAUCAAACCCCUUCAAGCAAAGAGUGCUGCUCUGUGUCAGUUUUCUCUAAUUUGUAAUGUAAUUAUGUACAAAGAUCUUAUAGAUCUUUAGAUCUGCACCACUACUCACCAUUACUGUGUGAACCCUUCUGUGUCCCAUUACAUGACAGAACUGAAAAUUGUCUUUUUAGCUUAUGUGGUCACAGGAUUUCUCACAAAAUCAAAUGUUAACAGUAAACGUAGACAAGUUUACAUUUACGGCAUUUGGCUGACGCUCUUAUCCAGAGCAACUUGCAAUUUGAUCAUUUUACAUAGGUAGGCCAAGGCGGUGUUAGGAGUCUUGCCCAAGGACUCUUAUUGGUAUAGUGUAGGGUGUUCGCCCAGGUGGGGAUUGAACCCCAGUCUAGAGUGUAGAAGGCAGAGGUGUUAACCAUUACACUACCCCAACCACGUACUGAUAUAUCUCUAAGCGUUUGGUUUUUGGUUGGCUCUGUGGCUAUUGCAUUUGACCAGUCUAUGGUUUGCACCAUUACUUGCUCCACCUAUACAGUCCUGCUCAGUACUUGGACACAAUGCAGCUCACUUGGCAUGAUUAAGGAUUUGUAACCGUGUGGUACCAAACUGCCUGGUGGUAAAAUGUUAUAAGAAAUUAUGUGAUUGAAGUACAUGGAGGUGCAACGCUCACUUAUUGUUAACCAUGUUAUUGUCUUUGGGGUAAUGGUGGUGUGUUGUUUUUUUUUUUUUUUUUGUUUUUUUUCCCUUCUUCUUCUUCUCCUCAUUUCUAACAAUGUCUGUCUGCUCUUACCUGUUCGUCACAUACUCGGAGCACUUGUCCGCACUUUGAAACUAGAUCAGGGCACCAUAACCUGGACCGGUAGAUCUACCACCUGCAGAGUUCAGCUCCAGUGAUAAUCUAACACACCUGAUCAAACCUGGUAUCGAAGGCCUUCAGAGACAUCUGAGUAUUAAAGACAGGCGUGCUGGACCUUAGCUCUUCACGGUGAUAUUUCUACACGAUUAGGCACCCCUCUGCUAGAUGACCUACCCCAGACUGACACAGUAUAAAUGAGCUCUUUAACUAGAUCACACAAGGAAUGUAGAACCAGGAACAGUUCUGAUACAUAAAACUCAAAGAACCUGGAAGAACCUAUUUGGAUUAAGAGCUUGAGUCCAGUUUCCGGUCCUGAGUUUUGUAAUCACUAGUAGGUAUGUCACUGGGUCACCAGUGGUUCAUCAACAGUUCAGUUCAUCCCUGUGGUUAUAUAAUUCAGUGUCAAACUUGUGUUCCGGAUCCAGAAUUGUAGACUGCUCCGUCAAAUGAAGGUUCUAGCACUUUCGGCUUGUGAGGUUUUUUUAAUGAAACAGAAGCUGGAGAAUUGUGGAAUGCGGCAUUGUGCUUCUCUGCAGUUUAGACUGGAUGACCUGUUUAAUGUGAGUUAAUGUUUAAUAAGCACUUGCCUUGCGGUCUCAUACAUUAAUUGGGGGCAGUUUUUGACUGUAACCCCCUCCGUUUCAUGGUAUGAGAGAAUACAAGUCCUUGUUGGCAAGAAUAUAGUGUGUUUGUAUAUAUGCGUGGUUGGAAGUGCUAAUUUAGAAUUUACCUCCAAAUAUCGGUGUUUUAGUACAUUACACCCUCAGAAGUUUAUUAGGUUUCAUGUGUAAAUCUGUUAGAGCUUCUCUGUGAAAGUAAGAAGACUUGAGCACUAAUUGCUUGCAUGACUGAAGCCAAGAUGGGCAAAAUGUGUGUUACGAUAGUUCAAGGCUUCAGAAUCAGGUUCAAAUCAGAUUAUAUGUUCUGAACAGCAUAACACUGAAACACCGUAUGCAGACACAAACAUUGCUGUGAGUAAAUUUGUUGUGAACGUUGAUUCUGGCUUGGAAGAUGAAGUAUUUUGCUCAUCUGUUAUUGUUCAGCAGGGCUGAGUAAUACAGUCUUGGCACUGAACAGUUCUCAGGGCUCAGAAUUUAACACGAUGUUCUCAAUACAAGGUAAAAUAAAUUAUUUAUUGUGGUAAUAAUUUCUGUACCACACUGUUGUGCUGAUUCAUCCAGCACUAUGCAUUUUUUUAAUAAAUCGCUGGGAAUUUAAAAGCUUACAGAAUGCUUACGAUACAGAACUUGUGAUAACUGACAGUUGUGGCUGAUGUGACGUAUUAUUAGUGCAUGCCAGUUACAUUUGUUUAACUUGCGUUGGCGCCACCAGCGUGUCAUGAUGACAGGCCAUUCUAAUCUUGCUGUCCGCAGACUGUGUGAGCUUAGAGAUGGAUUGAUGACGAAAGAACUUUGUCCUCAUUGGACUAACAUUUGCCUGCCAACAGCCAUGACAUUGUUCUUGUUCAUUCUAGAACCUUCACCUCAUAAACAUGCUUAGCUUUUAUUCCAUAUGUGAUGAUAAUGUUAUGUAUCAUAAUGACACCAUCUCUACUUAUUUUUUUUUUACAUGUUUAUCAAAACGAAAAUAGAUGUGAAAAAUGAAGAAUUUGUUGGGAAUGAAUUCCUACUAAAGGAAAAAUGUAGCAUGUGCAAAAGCAUAUUUUAUACAUUUUAUUCUUCCCUCUAAUCUGGUAAACUCAGCAGAUGUGUAGAAAUUGAGAACAUGCCAUAUUCUCUGUAGUUAACUUAUCUGGGUUGCAACCUGUAAACCUGCCCAGAUUGGCGGUCGGCUUUUCAGCUCCUCCCUGAUAUACGACUGGCUCCGUGCGCCAUCCGUUGGAAAAGCCUGCUGUUGUAUCUGCCAGGAUGGGAAACUGAACCCUAGUGUUUCGUUCCUAGUGUAUCCGCUAUGCUGUUCAUUCGUCUGACUAAAAAAGAAGGAAAAUUCCCGCUGCUAGUGACCAUACAUGCGUCACUGUGUGUGAAAGUUUUUUAAAAAUUAAGCAACAAUUACAAGUGUAAGAAAGCAGAUCUGGUUGUUUUCAGAGACAUAAAGUCUUUGAGUUUGCAGGUUGAUUAGUUGAUGUUCUGGUAUGUCAUCAAAUUGUGUAACUCAAGUACAGGUGCUAUACAUCACAUUCUCCUGUAUACCACAGUACUUAUUCUAGAAUCCACUGCAUAUAUAGCCAGAAACUGUAGAGCUUCUGUUCUGUUCACUAAUUCCAUCUGAAUUUCUUUGAUGUAUCCAUUUGUCACGUCACCUUCAAGACAAUCAAGAUUGUUUUAAUUAAAUAUAUCAGCCCUUCUCUGGGUUUCUGUCUAUAGAUUUUGUAAUUUAUGCCUCUUGAGCUCACAUUUCUGCUUGUUCUGUUGGUUUGUGGAACUUUAGAGCUGUCUAAUGGUGUCGAAGGGCUGACUGUAACCGUGUGUGUAAGUUCAAUUAUCCGGCGGUUUUAAAAUAAUAAAAUGGGAUAUUUUUUUUUUUAAUUUUGAAAA